GCGCAUCUCGUCGCUGUUGCAGGCUGGAUGCGCUCGGCGCCCUUGCUGCGGCGUGUGGACCUCCUGCACAUGGCGCAGAGCGACACCACCGACGCGCUCCGAACCUUCUUCGCCGCGCUGCCCGCCCAGCUCGAGACGCUGUGCAUUGCCAACGCCGGCGACCCGCUCUUCAACACGUUUCUCGAGACGCAGCUCGUGGCUACCGUGGCGCGCCUUGCGCUGCGCACACUGCGCCUCAACUUUCUCCAUGUUCGCGUGCCGGGGCGGGCACGGGCCAUGGCGAACGCGCUGCACGCCUGUACGACACUUCGAACGCUCGAGCUGUCGUACGGGACGGGCAUUUUUCAGGCGUAUCUCCACCGGCCGCUGCCAUCGAGCUUGCGGCAUCUGGACCUUGCUACGUUCGAGCUGCACGACGCAGGUCCGUUGCUUCGGGCGCUCCACGGCGCACGGCUCACGCACUUGCGUCUGCGGGACGAGACGACGCCGCGUCCCGACGCACCUAGCGACGCCGUCGUGCACGUGCUUGCUGUCUUGCCGACCAUGGAUGCGAUCUCGCACGUCAGCCUUACGUUUGUUGAGGCGUCAACUGCGAUGGCAAAGACGCUGUCGCUUGUCUUGCCGCAGCUGCGUCGGCUCGAGGAGCUCCGACUGCGCGUCCGCUGGCGCAACGAAACCGUAGCCGAGCGCGCACUUGUACACUGGCUCGCACCGGUAUUGCCCCGCUGUCGUCGACUCCAGCGCCUUGGUCUGCACAACCUGGCGUGGGACGAUGAGCGCUGCCGCCUUUUAGAUGCUGCGCUGCCACGCGCCAUGCAGUACCUCUGUCUUUACGAUGACACGCGACAGACGCCACUGUACUUUGACUCGGACCGCGUUCGCGUGUGCUGCCAACGACCCACAAGGAUGGGGUGUCACCUCCCGCAGCCCGAAUGGUGGAAGACGCAGGAGUGGGGGGCGCCACCCCCGGCCGCGCCGCUUCUCUAAGCCAGGCAUCCUACACGUAGAAUCGACAAGUAAUCGACCACGAAAGCAUAGCGUAUCGUAUAACAUUGUCGGCGUGACUCCUAUA